AUGACCACCUCGACCAACCCUCCAGCCCCCGCCCCGUAUGCCUUCGACGCUGCGCGCAGACGCUCGCUGAACGGCGCCAGUCCUCCCGAUCCCUACGGUGCGCCCUCCCCCCGACCGACUCUCCUCCCCCCCGCGCCCUGGCGAGCUAACGAAAAAACAGGCCCCUCGCACGAAUACCCACCGCCUCCAUCCUUUGCGCGCCCGCAAAUGCCGCCUCCAUCGUCGCCCACCCAGCAGCAGCAGCAGCAGCAACAACAACAACAACAUGCUCAUGCCUCGCAGCCCCCGCGCUCGCAGUACCCCCCCAACUUUGCUGCCAACCGCGACCUGCCAGGCCUCGGCCAGCCAAUGCGACCGGGCACCAGCAUGGCCAUCUCGUCUCUAAUCGGCGGCGGCGGCGGCGGCGGGGGUGACACGGGCGCCCCCGUCGCAACAACACAGUCGCCAUCGUCGCCCUCCACAAACGCGCCGUCGUCGAGCGCCCACGCCAUGCAGCCGCCCUCGCCUCGCCGCGCCCUGCCAUCGGACCCGCGAUCAGACUUUGCUGCCUUCCGCCGCCAGCAGACGCCUGAGCGCGGUACCUAUGCAGCCAGCACCGCGCGGCAGGACGGACACGCUUUUUCGUCGGCAUCCCCCAGCCAGUCGUACAGCAACCAAGCGUCACCUGACCCCGCCCGCCAGUCGCUCCCGCCAAACCCACAAUCCUACAAGCCCAUGACGUUUCCUGGCCAGCGCCUCUACGCUCAAGACCCGAAUCGCCAGUCGUCUGCAAACGUGCCACAGAGACCGAACAGCCAGCCGAACGGCCCCCCGGAAAACAAUGAUCAGGAGGGCAGGGCCAUGUACGAUACGUUUGGAGGCCGGCGCAACGCAUUUGGCCCACCCGAGGAGCGACGACGAACGCUGGGCGAGUCGCACCACGCGAGACCCAAUGCUGCCGAGCUCCUUGCAGGCGCCAGUCAGACCAGGUCGGAGAGGGAUCGCGCUGCGACAGUGCAUCCCGUGUCGCAGUCUGCAUUCAGUCCACCUCAAGAGCACCGGAAUAUGUCUGGUUCAUCGGAGCCUCCGCGCAGCCUCUGGCGGCACUCGGCCCCGACGGGUCCUGGCCGCGAGCUUGCCCACGAAGGUCGACAGGAGGAGCCUCCACCGAUGCACCGCACCUAUGGUCCAUAUCCUCCUGCGAUGCUAGGCGGUGGCCGCUAUGCUGCCCAAAGUUCUGAAGAGAUGCUUCGACGCAGUGUGGACCACUUGGGCCACCGUGUAGUGGAACAAUAUCACGCUCCUCCUACCUCGGAUCCCAAUUCUGUGGAGCGCCAUCGAACCGAGCCACUUGCUCGUUCCUUGUCGUCUGGGGGCAGGUCGCUCUAUGACCAGCCCCAGAAAAUGGGCGAGGCCAUGCAACACUCAAAAUCCCACAUUGGUUUCGGGCUGGAGGCGAGUAGACGGACUGGACGCGCGUCCCCACUACCACAAGCGGUCCAAGGUGCGCAAGCACAGCCUUUGUCGAUUGGCAAAGACCCGGGGAUCAAGAGCGAGUUUGGGCGAAUGUUUUCAGGCCUUGGUAGUGGGCUGGGAUCCUCUACGCCAUCACGCGGGAGCCCAAUGCCGCAGAAUGGGCCGGGCUCGUUUGAGUCCGACAGUGGGGAAAUGAUGCGAAGGAUAGGCUCUCAGCAAGGCAAGAAGCCGAAGCGACCAAAGGACGAGGAAGGCAUUUUCGACAUGGACAGCGCCGAUGGCAGGGGAACCCCGUUCGGCUCUCGCGGUGCUAAACGGAACAAGCACCACCAUCAGACGGCGCCACACCAUCACCACCAUCACCACCACCAUCAUCAUCACCAUCAAAAGCCCGACGAUGAGGGUCUAUCUGCACCAGCACCUACGACGAGUCUCAACGGGCGACAGACAAGCCUGCCUCAACCAGGCCCAGGCCAAUCCAUCCAUCACCAUCAUCAUAUCCAGGCAAACCCGCACCACCACCAUCACCAUCACCACCAUCAUGCCCCCCGCCCUAAUCAGCCUGUGCCGCAUGUGGCAGCCAAGGUGCCUAUCAAGGUCUACGAGAUCCAGCACAUCUUGGAGGAAGCUGCCAAGCGACCUCGUAAACAUCUCGGGUCACAGUUGUACCAGGCCAGAACAGAACUGCCCAAACCCAACUCAUCAUUGGACGAUCAAUUUGGCUAUGCCUCGAAGCCACAACGGCUGCCUUGCUUUGACGUGAACCCUAUCAAUUGCACCUUUACCAUUCGAGUGCCCAGGUACUACUUGAAGCCACGGCAAAGACAGCAUAUUGUAUUGGAGAGACACUUGUGGGGUGCACGUGUGUAUCGGGACGACUCGGACCCCCUGGCAGCUGCCAUUCACUCUGGGUGGAUCCGUGGUGAGUGGGAUGAUACUGUCGAUGUAGCCAUGCUCGAUCCACGCAUCACUGCGCCCAACGACCCCUCGGAUGCCGAGGAUGUUCUCACCAAGCUCCCAGCUGCACCCGUAACACCGCCUGCGGAUAUGGAUUUGCAGAUUGAGAUACUCAUCUUGCCUCAGCUCCAGGAGUACACUGGCUCUGUCGAGUAUGGAAUCUCGAGCAGGAAGAGCAAGGCCCACGAAGGGCUUAGCUUCAUGAUCAACAAGAUCCGAUGGGUCGAAGAGGGCGUUGGCAGCCGAGGACAGGACCGAACAGCAGCAGCACUCAAGCGGCGACUAGACGCCAGCGCUGCUCUGCUCACGCUCAAGAGCGGGAUUCUUGAAUACCACCGGGUGAAUGGCAUGACAAAACUACAUGCUUGACAUUUUGUCGAGUUGACGCAGCAUCUGGACAUAUAACGGCCGUCUCAGAAUUUAUGGCGCAUGGCAUUUUGUAGCAUCAAGUUGAGCUGAGCAUUGCUAG